AUGUGGAAAGCGGCGAAUGUUUCAUACACAAGGUAUGCUUCGGAAAUGGCUGACAUUUUAAGGAGAUGCUUAAAAGAUCCAUAUGCAGAUAUAGCUUUAGAGAGAAGUAAAAUGCAUUUAAGAGAAACAAUUUACAAAGAUGGAAAACCAAUUAGUCAAGAACUACACGAUGAGUUUCAAAAGGCAUUCAAAAAUUUAUAUGGCGGUAAAGAAUAA